GUCGUCUGUAUCUGUCUCUCUCUUCUCAAUGUUUGAAAACAGAGUUUAUAAUCCUCGACGACGAUGAGUUAACGGACCGAUCUGGUCAACACCGUUUGACUGAGUUCUGAUAGACACGACAAGUCGAGUGCUAAUACCGUAAAUAAGUACUCCUUUUAUGGGCAAUUUAUUUACCUUCGGCUCUUUCUUUGCUUCUGUUGGUCUGUUUGAUAAGACCUCUCAUACUUCUUAUAUAUAAAGUAUCAGUUUUCUUUCUCUCUCUAAACAUAGUACUCCGUAUUAUAUAUAUAUGUAUAUAUAUAGAUAUAGAGUGAGAGAAAGAGAGAGAGGGGAUGAGAACAAGGAAUGGGCUUUGUUAUCCCAGAGUAGUGAAGAUGAGUUUCGAGAAGACAAAAAUGAAUAGAAGAAGAAUAGACAUCGCCGGAGAAAAUGGAUAUCGCCGGAAACGUUUAAAGAUGACGCCGGAUAUCGCCGGAGAUUGUGAUUUGUUCGAUGCCUUGCCUGAUGAUCUCGUCGUCUCGAUUCUCGGAAAACUUAGCUCCACGGCGACUUGUCCUGCAGAUUUCAUCAACGUCUUGAUCACAUGCAAAAGAUUAAAUGGUUUAGGCCUCAAUUCUCUGGUAUUAUCCAAAGCUUCUCCAAAAACGUUUGCCGUUAAAGCCAAGAACUGGUCCGAGUCCGCUCACCGAUUCUUGAAAGAGUCUUCCGAUUCCGGCAACGUUGAAGCCUGCUACACUCUUGGCAUGAUUCGAUUCUACUGUUUACAAAACCGAGGUAGUGGCGCGUCCCUGAUGGCCAAGGCGGCGAUUAACUCUCACGCGCCGGCGUUGUACUCGCUGGCAGUGAUUCAGUUCAACGGCAGCGGCGGCUCCAAGAACGACAAGGACCUCCGAGCCGGCGUGGCUCUGUGCGCGCGAGCCGCUUAUCUGGGCCACAUCGACGCUCUCCGCGAGCUCGGCCACUGCCUCCAGGACGGCUACGGCGUGCGCCAGAACGUCACCGAGGGCCGCCGCUUCCUCGUCCAAGCCAACGCUCGCGAGCUAGCCUUCGUGCUCGCUACGGCUCCCUCGGCUCAGACCACGCGCUCGUGGCUCGCGUGCAACCCACUUCCCUCUAACAAUCACGUCCACCUAAUGACCUCGCCGUGUCCGUUGCUGAGUGAUUUCGGGUGCAACGUGCCUGCUCCUAUGGCCCACCCGGCGAGCCGGUUCCUGACCGAGUGGUUCGCGGGUCGGGGUGGGAUUCCGGGUUCGGGGCUCCGAAUGUGCUCCCACGGCAGUUGUGGGAGGCCGGAGACGAGGAGGCACGAGUUCCGGCGGUGCUCCGUUUGUGGCGCGGCGAACUACUGCUCUCGCGCGUGCCAGGCGCUGGAUUGGAAGAUGCGCCACAAGGCGGAGUGCGCACCCAUGGAGAGGUGGCUCGACGGCGGUGACGGUGAUGGUAACGGAGGUGUUGACGGCGAUGGGAAUGCUGAUGAUGAUGAUGAUGAUGAUGAUGAUCAUAUGAUUGAGAGUUAACAGUGGCGAGGAGGCAAUGACUGUGACAGUGACGGUAACGGUAACGGUAACCGCACGCGAGGCUUUGAAUAUUGAGAGUUCAGAAGUAAAAACCGGCUCUCUUUGGUGGAAAGUUCAACAUCUUCUGGUAGUAACUGUGGAGUUGUAUAGACAUGAGGUAAUUUCGAGGUUUUAAGGGGGCAAUUUUGUAAAAUUGAGUUAUCAUGCUGCCUUGAAUUUUCCUUAAAUUACAAAAAUAUAAUUCCCUUAAAUUAAAAAUUUUUUACUCUGUAUUUUUGUUUAAAUCUUUAAUUCAUUUAUUAAUUAUUCCGUAUUAUUAUAUAAAAAAAAAUGAAGAUAUUGAACCAGGAAAAAUAUUGAAUAGUUCGGAGUACCAUGCAGUAUUCCGAUCAUUUCGGAGAAACUACAUUUUGGUACCCUAGUUAGUGAAACUGUAAUUUUUAUAAUAGGUUAGGCAAUGACUAUUAUAUGUGCAUAUUAUUUAGGAUAAAGUGCCAAAAAAAAAAAAAAAAAAAAAAAAAAAAAGAA